AUGUCUCAAUCUUCAAGUACAGUAGGGGUGCAUUAUAAAGUUGGUAAGAAAAUUGGUGAAGGAUCUUUUGGUAUUAUAUUUGAAGGUAUUAAUAUUUUAAAUAAUCAACAAGUUGCUAUUAAAUUUGAACCUAGAAAAUGUGAAGCACCACAAUUAAGAGAUGAAUAUAGAUCUUAUAGAAUAUUAAAUAAUACAAAAGGAAUACCACGAGCUUAUUUUUUUGGUCAAGAAGGUGUACAUUCAAUUUUAAUUAUUGAUUUAUUAGGUCCAAGUUUAGAAGAUUUAUUUGAUUGGUGUCAUAGAAAAUUUAGUAUAAAAACAGUAAUUCAAGUGGCUAAACAAAUGAUUGAAAGAGUUGAACUGAUACACGAACAUAAUUUAAUUUAUAGAGAUAUAAAACCUGACAAUUUUUUAAUUGGUAAACCAGUUGAUAAUCAAGACAACAAGGAGAACAUGAUUUAUGUUGUUGAUUUUGGAAUGGCUAAACAAUAUAGAGACCCCAAAACUAAAAUUCAUAUACCUUAUAGAGAAAAGAAAGCAUUAAGUGGUACUGCUAGAUAUAUGUCAAUAAAUACUCAUUUAGGUAGAGAACAACUGAGAAGAGAUGAUUUAGAAAGUUUAGGUCAUGUUUUUAUGUAUUUUUUAAGAGGUUCAUUACCAUGGCAAGGUUUAAAAGCACCAACAAAUAAACAAAAAUAUGAAAAAAUUGGAAUGAAGAAACAAACCACCUCCAUAAAUGAAUUAUGUUAUGGUUUUCCAAUACAAUUUGCACAAUAUUUAACUUAUGUACGAAAUUUAAAAUUUGAUGAAUUACCAGAUUAUAAAUAUUUAAUAAAUUUAAUGGAUAAAGCAAUGAUUCUUGCUAAUAUAAUAGAAGAUGGACAUUUUGAUUGGAUGGAUUUAAAUGGUGGUAAAGGAUGGGAUGCAGCAUUAAAUAAAAAAGCAAAUUUACAUGGUUAUGGUAAUGCACAUCCUCCAAUUAAUCAACAACAAGCUCAAAAAAGACAACAACAAUUACAACAGCAAUUAGAAAAUCAACAAAAUCAAUAUAAUCAACAAAGUACUACUAAUCAUAAGAAAACAUUAUCUAAUUCAAAUAUAAAUAUAAACCUGCUGCAACAACCUUUAUUAGGACUGGAUUCUAAUUAUGCUUCAAGAUUGAAAAAAUAUGGCUAUCAAUCAAUAUCAAAAGAUUCAAAAAAUGAAAGAUUUUUAAAUAAAACGAUAUCAUCAUCAUCAUCAUUAUUACCAGAUCAACAACAACAACAACAACAACAACAACAACAACAACAACAACAACUAUUAAAAAAACAAUGUGGUUAUACACAACUCCCGCAACAAUCUAACCAACAACAACAACAUUUAUUACAUCUGCAUCAAAAUCAAUAUGGGUUAAUAAAUGAUAGAGAUAAUGAAGAUUUACACUCCGAUACUUCAAGUUUUAAUAGAAAAUAUAAUCAAGGAUUUUUAUCAUGGAUAUUUUGUUGUUGUUAUUAG